AUGCCGAAGUGGGAGGUGAUCGGCGGUGGCGGCACUGGCGGGCUCCUGGUCAGACAGGGGCAGGAGCUCAAGUCCCCGCAGCUUGAUCGGCGGCUUGAAACUGGCGCCCUGGUGGAAGAGCUGCGUUUGGCCGGGGACCGCUUGCACUACAAGCUCCUCAGAGGUCAGGGGCCGACAGAAGGCUGGGUCAGCAUCAAGGCGUCUGGCAAGGCCUUGCUGUCGCCACUGCAUGAGGCCGAUGAGACCUCCAGUGCUGCGAAGGAUGAGAGCUUCGACAAGUGGCAGGUCCUUGGCGUCGAAGCAGACUCGUCUGCUGCUAAGAGCGAGGAUGAAGUUCGACGAAUCUCCUCUCAGAAGAUCCUGGCAUCUCUGGGCAAGCCCUACACGGUGUUGGGCCUGCAGCCGGGUGCCAGCAGCGCAGCCGUUCGGCGCGCUUACCAUUGCCUCGCUCUGCUGCACCACCCGGACAAAGGCGGUGACGAUGUUGUCUUCAAAGCCAUUGCAACGGCAUACAAGGCAUUGACGGAGGCCAAGACUGAAGAAGGUGGCUGGAGGGACUUGGAAGGACAAGCUGUGGGUCCUUGGCAGGGACACGCUCCGACCGCUACGAAGGGAAUCACCUGCAUGCUGUUCGACACCUUCGGGACCCCGCCAUGGGAGAGUCGCAGGCUCUACACGGGGUCCUGGCAAGAGGGUGUGGUGCGGUGCUGGGAGCUCUCAAAAGGAGAGCCAGGAAAGACCAAACCGCCUCCGCGGCUUGUGGGCGAAAUAGCUGUCGGCGGCUUCAUCAAUGAUGUGGCUGCGAUCUCACCCUUCGGCCUCCUGACGGCCCAAUCAGCUGGGAUGAAACCGUUGCCUGGCGAGUCUCUGAGGACGUGGAACCUCAAGACGACUCCAUUCAGGCCUAUCGCACGAGCGAAGACAAAUGCCAUAGCGGAUGAUCCCAAUGCAAAGCCGAAGGCCGUCACAGGAGGCGAUUCUGGACGGGAUGGCAAUGGAUCGACGGCGCUCGUGGCAAAGAAAGACGAUGAAGAGCUCGAUUUUGUCAAAGAUGAAGAUGGUGGAUAUCUGGAGCAGUCCACCAUGGUCUACCUGCACUAUCGCGGUGUUCGGUGCAUCAGCCUCUGGCCCAAGCCAGAGAAUCGUGAGGCAACGCCUCACGUGGCGGCUACUGUCUCCAAGGACAUCCUGGCAGUGUCCAAAAUCGGAGUGGACGGCGUAAGUCUCCAAGUUCCUGCGGUCUGGCAACAAGCCGACCCACAUGAAGGUGUCGGAGAUGUGAACGCUAUGCAGCAUGAGACACUCAACAAGAUUUGGACGGGUGACAAUGGCGGCAAUCUGCGGUGCUGGGAUGUGAAUGCCAGCGGCAAGGGCGUGGUCUCCGACUUCAACAGUCAGGCUGCUGGUUGGCUCUCGGGUUUGGCCAUGUGGCCAGAAUCAGGGGUCAUGGUCUGCUCGCAUUCCAGCGGCAUCGGCUACAUAGACAUCCGGGCAGGUAAAGUCAUCCGGCAGCAGUACACAAAAGAGUCUGUGGGCAAGGUCACGGUCCUGAACUGGACGAGCCCUAUGCUGUUUGCUGGCAUCGGCGGUGAGCUGAUGCAGUACGACACCAGAUGUUUUGCUGACGGGCCAGACCACAAGCCCAAGGCUGUGGCUUCCUGGUCUCUGGGCUCCCCCAUCACCUCGCUGCACUGCACGGAGACUGGGAAGGGGCACCUGUUGGUCGCAGCAGGCUGCAUGAAUGGAAAGGUUGCAGCCUUCGAUUCCACGUAG